UUGAGGGAAAGUGUCUGUGAGAGCAAAGUCAGCGCAGAGAAGCCGGUGCAAGCAGAGCUGACAGUUCAGGAGGUGGAUGAGAUGCUGAUCAAGUGUGAAGGUGGCAUCGAGGCAGCCCUGGAAUAUGCCAAGAUGUGGUGUAAAUAUGUCAAGGAGCUUCUCAGCUGGAUGGAGAAACGUCUGAGCUAUGAGACAGAGUUUGCCAAAGGGAUGGUGAAGAUCGCGGAGUCGGGUCGCAACAACAUCUGCCACCAGCACAAGAUGCCCCUGAGGAGCCUCUACACGAUGGUCCUGGAACAGGACAUCAAAGUUGGGAAUUCUGCCACUGAGACUGUAGGGUUGCUCCAGCAGAAGGAAUUCUACCAGCCUCUGUCAGCCAAGAAGAAUGAAAUUGAGAAGUGGAGGAAAGAAUUCAAGGAUCAGUGGACAAGGGAGCAAAAGAGAAUGAACGAGUCCUUGUCCUCCCUGCGCAAGUCCCGCCUGCAGUACGUCCAGCGCUGCGAGGAGCUGGAGAAGGCCAAGCAGUUGAGUGCCAAGGCAGAGGAUGAGCUCCAGAACGUGGCCACCACCAACCCCAGCAGUGCCAACAAGCAGCUGGAGAAGCGACGUCGUUCCUGCGAGGAGGCACAAGCCAAGGUCCAGGAGACAGAAGCUCUGUACAAAACGUGCAUCAACGAUGCCAAUUUCCGGCGCCAGGAGCUGGAGAAGGUUCGAGCUCGGAUCGUCUCCCACGUGCGGAAGCUCAUCUACCAGGGGGAUGAAGUGCUGACCUGGGUCACUUUAAGGAUGUUUAAGCAGAGGCAGAGUCAGUCAGAACAGAUCCCAGUUGGAUACCAGCACCUGGCUGAGGUCUGCAAGCCCUACAAAGCUGGUGAGAAAUACCUGGAGUUCAUCCAGGCCCUGCAGAAGAAAGAGAUCCAGGUGGAAGUGUUUGAGUUUGAGCCACUCACUUCUGGAGGGCAGAGGUCCCCUUCCAGUGGCAAUAAGAAGGUGACAUCUCAUCACACCACAGCAAAGGACCUCAGCACACCAGAUGACCCCACCAGGAAGCAGUUCUCCACAGAUGGGGACCAGAGUGUGAACAAAUCCCUCUGCAGUGACACAGAAAGUCUUGGUGGGAGCUGUGAGUCCCGGUCCUUGGACUCUCCUAAUUCCAGCCCAGGAAACUCCACCAGGAAGUUGCUGAAAGCUCCGUCCACCAGCACCAUGUCCUCCUCAGAUGACUUUGAAGAGAGAGACUCCUUGCAAACGUUGGAGAACGAAAAUGGGACACCCCAGCAGCAGCUGAGGAACGUUCUCCUGUCCAGCGCGGCUCAGAGCCACCGGCUGCGGAAGCUCCGAGGUCCCUCCAAGUGCAGGGAGUGUGACACCUUCAUGGUCAGUGGCUUCGAGUGCGAGGAGUGCUACCUGGCCUGCCACAAGAAGUGCCUGGAGAACCUGCUCAUCACCUGUGGCCACAAGAAGUUGCCCAACCGAGUCCCCCUCUUCGGCAUCGACUUCACGCAGGUUCCUCGGGACUUCCCAGAAGAAGUUCCCUUCAUCGUGGUGAAAUGCACCUCAGAAAUUGAAGCUCGUGCCUUGGGGGUGCAGGGCAUCUACAGGAUAAGUGGAUCCAAAGCCCGGGUGGAGAAGCUGUGCCAGGCGUUUGAGAACGGCCGGAACCUGGUGGAGCUUUCUGAGCACUCCCCCCAUGACAUCACAGGGGUCCUGAAGCAUUUCCUGAAGGAGCUCUCGGCCCCAGUGCUGAUGUCCCAGCUCUAUCAGGACCUCAUGGCUCUUGCCAAAGAUUUGCAGAAACCUGGAGAAGAAAAAUUGGAUUGUGCAGGUUUCCCUUCUGAUCCCAUCCAGAGCAUGAAGGAUCUGCUGAGUAAAUUGCCUGGAAGCAACUACAACACCCUGAGGCACCUGAUUGCCCACCUGUACAGGGUGGCAGAGAAAUAUGAAGAGAACAAGAUGUCCCCAAACAACCUGGGAAUCAUCUUUGGGCCAACGCUGAUCCGACCAAACUCAGGGAAUGAUGUCUCCAUGUCAUGCCUGGUUGACUCUGGGUAUCAAGCCCAAAUUGUGGAAUUCCUCAUCCAGAACUAUGAGAGGGUUUUUGGGAUGGAAGAGCUGCCUCCAUCCACGUCCUUGGGAUGUGAAAACCCUUCCCAAGAACCAACGAGUGAAAAGGAUGAAGGACCUGAGGGCCCAAAGACAAUCCAGAAUGUAACUCCAGAGGAGCCCAUGGGCCUUCUUGACCACCAGGACACACUGACCCCCCCUGAACCUCCUCCUCUCCAGCUGAACUCAAGAGGUUGGUCCAAGAUGUCCUCAAAUUCCUCCUCCCAGUGUGGUUUCACUGUGGAUGGUGUCUCUGAUGAUGAGUCUUCCAGUGAAGCCACCCAGAAAGUGUCUCUGGAGGGAACCCACAGCCUGUUGAGCCUGGAUGCUGGAGGGCUGAACAGCAGUGCUGGCUCAGAGCUGGAGGACUCCAUGCAGGAGAAGAGGGACAGUGACUGGGACAUGGUCCCAGGGACCCAACCCAGGUGCCACUUCAGCCGCCAGCCCGUGAAGUACGUGCGGGCUCCGGGAAAAACCAAACCAGCCAUUCCCAGAUCAUCCAACUUGAGGACUACCACAUUGGCUAACGUGGCUACUGAGUCUGGUGGAGAAGACAACCCUCCCAAUGGCAGCUCCAUGGCCAAGGACAUCCCAGAGGAGGACAUGAGGAGCAGGAACAGGUCACCAGACACCAACGCGCUCCAGAGGGAGGUGGCAGCUCCAAUGCUUGGAGAUCACACGGAUCUCCAGGAUUGUCUCCAAGUUGAACCUUGA